AAAGCGAGUGACCUGUACCGAAGUAGUCUUUACUAAAUUCCUCAAUUUAAGAAAUAAUUAACGACUAUUGGUAACCAUGGCAACAGCGGAUGCUAGCAAAGGUUCGGGUGGAACCAUCAAGCAAUGGGUAUCCAGGAUCAUUAGUUUUUCAUCGCAGUACGACAACAAUAAUUGGGCGGCCUCGUGUGUGGUUGGAGAACCGAAGGUGUACCCACGAUAUGGAGAUCUGUCAGGCAGCUGGGCGUCUCAGAGCAUCGAUACCAAUCAGUAUAUUGAGCUGGGUUUUAAGGAAAAGGUGUUUGUUUGUGAAAUUGACAUCUAUGAAACAAUGAAUGCCGGAGGGAUUAAAAACAUCAGCGUCCGAUCUCCGCAAGGGAGAUGGGAAUCGGUUUGGUCAAUGCCUCAAGUGCAGGUCAUUCAGGCUAGCAGAGUUUUCUCCCCUCCCAUCAAGGAUGUAUCGUACAAGACUGACGCAGUUCGUCUGGAGAUCGACUGUACGGCGUGUGGCACGUGGGUAGAAAUAGAUGCUGUGCAGCUCAUAGGGAGAAAGUUUGAUAUAGCUCCGUCUCCAAGUAUGCAGGUGUUGGCAGAUGACCUGAGCAAAAUCGUGAACCAAUCAGAAUACAGUGAUGUCACAUUCGAUGUAGGGGGAACAUUGGUAUAUGGGCACAGAAAUAUUAUGUCUGCCAGAUCUAGUUAUUUUCGAGCCCUGUUUGAGGACAUGAAUAAAAACAAGAACCAGGAUGUGAAGAAUACCAUACCAGUUGUUGACGUGAGCAUUGACAGUUUCUGUGGAGUGUUGUUCUACCUGUACACAAACCAUGUGUACGACUCUUACACCUCGUGUCAGCUCAUCGAUGUCUGGAGAGCUGCUGACUUUUACAUUCUUGAUGGUUUGAAGGCCGUUGUCGUGGAAACCGUUGUCACCAGGAUGAACACUGACGAUGUUGUAGCUGUGUACCAAAAGGCGUGCAAAGACCUGCCUGUGAUAGAGGAAAUCCGAGAAGCUUGCCUGGACUACAUCAGCACCAACAUGGCCGCUGUUUCCUUGACGGAUACCUUUAAAAACAUUUCCAGGGACUUGAUGUUGGAGAUCGUACAGUUAUGCACGGCUAAAAUGUCUCUGUAAACGUAACACCUUGAUUAAACUGCCUCGUUGACUUAGGGCCGAAGUUACGAAGCCUGUUUUUCUUAAAUGCAGGUGUUGAAGCAUUGUUAAUGUAUGCAGCUAUACACAUGGAAGACGGAAACAGGCUUCGUAAAUUUGGCCUUUAGUUUUUAAGUCACAGAUUUAAAGGGACAUUCCUGAGUUUGCUGCAUUGUAAGAUGUUUCC